ACUCCUUCAAUUCCUCGUGGCCACAUAUGCUUUUGAUAUUUGGAAUGGCUGAAAUACUCAUCAGGCCAAACCCAAAUUCCAACACUAGAGUAGUUCCACGCUCACACCUGGGUCGUCGUGCAGCCAGUGCCUCACUGGAUCUUAAGUUGUCCACCGCCGCGCGGCUACAGUACGAGGAGCCCGAGGGCUAUCGGCUCCGGGCGCGCACGCGCGAGGAUGCUGGGAGCUUGGGCUGCCGCCUGCCGGCGAUCUGCAGAGAGAUCGGCUGAGAGGGUACGCACUACGCGGGUGAAAUAAAUUGUUGGGCAGUUUUUUUUUUGAUGGGUGUUGGGCUGUGUUUUGAUUUCGGUGGAACUAGCUCACUCCGGGAGGGGGGGCGGAACCCGGAACAAAAUAAUUACCGUAUUAAUUAACAUCUUUUUUCUUUUUUUCGCUCUUUUUCCCUUGUGACAUUUUCUGUUCAAAACUAGGAGGGCUCUCGAGUGAAGUUAUGUUGGGAGCCCUCUCGUUUUAGAUUUUCUGUUAUUCACAAUCUCAUCAAACCGGGGGAGUAUGUAAACAGUUUCCUUCCUACUGUACAGUUGUCCUGCUGGUAUCCGUGUCGUAGCAUGUUCAAUUCCAUCAAUCAGUUGUCCUGGUUGUAGCAGGUCAUAGCUCGAUGUCCGUCCGUACGUAUCCGAUAAUCCGACCAGAUCCUGUACAGUUGCGUCUUCGUCUAGCUCAUGGACGGUGCCGGGCUCGUCGCUGCGGCCAUCGCCACCGCGGCAGUCUAUCGGCUGUCCAGCAUCCGGUUGGCCGAUGCGACGACCGGCAGGCGGAGAGCCGUAACCCUGGCGCUCGCUGUCGCGCUCCUCUUGGCCGUCGUCGAAUCCAGCAGGAAGAUCGCGUUGCGCAUCGAGGAGACGGAGAUGAAGCUGUUGCAGAUGGAAGAAAUCAUCAAGGACUACGAGAAGCAAAAUCACGAGAUGAUGAGCAACUUGGCCAGUAUUCUCUCUAACAAUCCCGAAAACAUCAAGUCCAUGAGUUACAACAGAUCCAGGAGCCCAGACGGCACCGAGAACACUGAAUUGACCGUAACAAUGAAAGAUGCCGAUGUUCACCAGCCUUUAACAGAGAAUGGUGACACGGGCGAAAUCCUGGAGGAUGCGGAUGAAACGGUGUGGGACGAGGCUGAACCAUUAGCCAGCACGCCUCCACCGUCGUCGCAAGGUGAAGCGAUGGGAGCGCAGAAGCGGAAGCCAUGGAGAGGGUUCCUGAUCCCGCCGGACCAUGUCUUCGUCCUCGACUGUGUCGACGACGAGCUCACGGUGCGCAUCCGGCCCGGGCUGAUCUCGUCCUCUGGCGGCCUGGACGCGGAGUCCUUGCGGGCGCGUUCGGCCGGCUGCAUCGGCCGGCAGCAGCAGGCUGGGAUGGUGCCCUUCCUGUACAGCGCCGGGAGAGGCAGGUACGCGCUGUUCAUGUCGCCGCCGGAGAAGCAACACGUCGUGCCGACGAUGUCUGCGACGGCGUUGAUGAACCGGAAGUUGGAUGCGGCGGAUCUUAGGGGGGAGCUGGAGUCGCUCAUCGAGAAGGAGACGGAGGUGGUGCCACAGUCCUUCACGCUGUCCCCCGGCGUGGCGGCCUUCUGCUACCGAACCAAGCAUGGGAUGACGGCUCUGAUCAUCGUGGAAACCGAUGCGGUGGAGCAUGUCGAGCUGACGGAGGAGGUCGCCGCCCGGGCGGUGGCAGCACUUUCCCCGCCCGGCAUCCUCUUCACCGUCUCGUUUGAAGAUUCUUUAUCUACAAUUUUUUUCAAAGUAUAACCCAUUAUCAAUACAAUAUAAUGUGUAUAUUUUACAUUGUCAAAUUAAGUCUAGCGGGAGGUGAUGAUUAAAUCCUAUACGAAACAAAUCUCGUAUAAUGUUUUGUAUAUAUAAGCUUUUAAAUUGAA